AUGGCAUGCGGACUACGUCCCCCGUGCUCUACCCUCUACCCUCUACCCCACAGACGACAGGCCAUGGUCACAAUCUCCGCUGGUCAACACGAACACCCCCCCGGCAUCAUGAGUGGUGCAGCGGUGCACUGGUGCCGUAUAUUCGCGCGAUGGGGUGGGGAGACAGAACGGCGCUGCUGCACAUCAUGGAUGCGCGCGCCGCCCAGACCCGCUCUUGUUAGUCUCGCAUGCGGUCCAUUUGGUCCAUUUGGUGCGCUGCGUGUGCAGGCAUCGUCAGAUAGAGCGACUCCCCCCUUGCGCCCCAUGUCGCCCGCGGUGCAAGCCAUCGCCAUCGCCAAGCCCGUCGUCGCCCAGGCCAAGCGUUCACACCCCCCCGAAUCCCGGGCCGGUCGGAGGAGGGGGAGGAGGCGUUGCUGCUGGCGCGGCGGCGGCGACGGCGGGUUGUGUUGUGUUGUGUUGUGCACUGCGUCUCGCUUGAGUCAAGUCGCGAGGUGGCAGCAGAGGCGCCAAACAGAGGGACAGAAUCAUGGACAGGCCAAUUGCUGGUGCCGACGGCUUGCAGCAGCAUCGGAGUUCCGCCGUGGCCGCGUUAUGUACGCAGCAUGUAUGCUGGACGGGCGGAUGGCCCACGGCGCCAGGGCUCGCGGCCAAUGCAUGCCACAGAACAGAACGCACGACGGCCCACGAACGAUGGUCGACGGGCGAUGGGCAAAAUCAGGAAUCCCUCGGCCCCUUCAGAGUGGCGGCCGCCUGCCUCCGGCCCCGAUGGGCACUACACAGGGCACUACGGACACUACGGACACUACGGAUGUAGCAACGGGCGUACCAUGCCUCAUCUCGUUUCGUCGCCCGGAAACAGAAACAGCCGUGUGCUAG